AUGAUGGAACUACACGAGCGCGCCCCCGCCUUCUUCAGGGUCCUGGUGGCCAUGGUCGUCAUGGCAACAAUAUCCACCGCCCUGAGGGUCUACGUGAGACUAAAAAUCGUCAAGUCCUUUGGAAAAGACGACUACCUGAUGGUCGCCGCAUUGCUCUGCUUCAUCAUGUUCACCGCCUGCGCUCUGGGCGGAAUCGCCUACGGCACCGGCCGACACAUGGCCGAACUGACUCCCGAAAACACCAUGAAAGCUCUCCGCUACUGGUGGCUCUGCUACGCGGCCUACACCUCCACCAUGAUGUUCGCCAAAACCAGCAUCGGCUUCUUCCUCCUCCGCGUCACCGUCGAGCAGGUCUACAUCUACAUCAUCUACGCCGCCACCGCCAUCACCGUCGCCACCGGCACCGUCUUCUUCUUCGUCACCAUCCUGCAAUGCCGCCCCGUCUCCUUCUUCUGGCUCAAGGCCACCGGCGCCGCCGGCACCUGCCUCGACAUCGAGGUCAUCAUCGCCCUCACCUACUUCUACUCGGCCGUCUCCGCCCUCUGCGACUGCGUCUUCGGCCUCCUCCCCGUCGCCAUGCUGUGGAACCUCAACAUGUCGCGCUCCACCAAGAUCGCCGUCGCCCCCAUCCUCAGCAUGGGCUGCAUCGCCUCCGCCGGCAUCCUCGUCCGCACCGCCUACGUCCGGGACUUCCGCGACCCCGACUUCCUCUACGCCACCGUCAACAUCGCCAUCUGGUCCGACAUCGAAUGCGGCCUCGCCAUCACCGCCGGCUCCCUCGCCUGCCUCCGCCCCCUCUUCCGCACCUUCCGCGCCAAGCUGCUGUCGUCCUACGGUCUCUUUUCCUCCUCCGCCGCGCACCAUCCCGACCGCGGCCGCGUCUGGCCCGCCGACUGCGUCGCACCGCCAUCACUGCCACUACCGCCGAGCGCGGGUGGGCGGGCCAGGAAGGGGAGUGGUGGUUGUUACGGUUACGGGCGUUGGAGCUUGUUGGAGGAGACGAGGGUUGAUAUUGUGGGGGAUGAGGAGGAGGCGGUGGGCGGGGGCGGGGGCGGACGGAUGUCUGUGUUUGAGCUUGGUGGUGGUGGGGGCGGCGGCGGCGGCGGGAAGGAGGGGGUCGUCGUCGAUGUCGAGAGCGUGCAUGUGGAUGUGGAGAGGGCGGCGUCGUGCCGCUCGGCUGAGGAUGAGGCGUCGGCGCGGGGGAUUUUGGUGCGGUGA